AUGAACGCUCUCAUCGUUACCAUCUUCUGCGUUCUCACACCCGUGGGCCACGGGCAGGGCUUGCAAACGCCUGGGCCCAAAGGCAAUGACCCGGCCAGUGUAAUAAUCGCCAUUCCUCCGCCUCCCGGAGUUAACUCGUACAAGAACCGGAUCCUUGUCCUUCCUUCAUCUAACAGCAUCGUCCGCUGGGCUGGCAAUUCCCGGGGCGCAGUUGCCGUGGAUCAGCCUGGUUCUUCCAUCGCGCGGCCCACCGGCAAUCCGGUGCAGUUAAAAGACGCUUUUGUGGCCCGUCCGUCCACAGACUGGGCGUCUGGACAAAAUCCAAUACAAGGUUCUCCCAAUAUCUCCCAGGGUAAAAUCCCAGUGUUCUGGCAGCAAUCGUCUGUAAUACAGAACGGUAAACGUCCUGACCCGCUUGACGCUUCAAAUAAAAGGAUCGUGACAUCAGAUAAAUCUGGAACAUCUGGCAACUCGCCCUCACAAGGAGAUGUGGGAAACUAUCGGCAAGGGUUACGAGCUACAUCGCAACAAGAACAGUCGACACAGCAACAAGCAUCACAAAAUGGCCUACAAAAAAGAGGAGAAAACCCUUCACAACAAGGACAGCAAAACUCAGCUCAACAGCAACAGUCGUUAAAUACCGCUCAACAAAAUACGGCCCAUCAAGAAGGAACCCACACUAGAAAUCAACCCUCUAGUAACACAGGCCAACAACAGGGCUGGAGAAACAUAGGUGUUCAACGGCCUGCUGAGACACCAUUACAGCAACGGGAAACGGGGAAUACCAGAGUAGUAAACAAACCUAAUACGCAGCCUCCGACCAGGGUUGACCCUGGUUCAAUCUUCUUCAAUCCAGACUCUCCUACCAAUGGACCAGCGAAUAACCCAGCAGGACCUAGUGGCAGGCCCUUGCGGCGUAACACAGGCCCUAUCAACAGGUCACCCGUGCAAACUGUUGCUGAGACGCCAACAGUUGUGAGGAAUCGACCAGGGUUUGUUCCCGCCGCACGAGUAUUUGUUCCCCAACAGACGAGUUCUGCUACCAACCACCAAACACUUCCCUCUUCUAAAAUCAACAACAACCAGCCGCCCUCUCGGUCAGUUAGCCAAACCGACAGACAGCCAGUAAAGCCCCCACCUGCCCCCGUAGAUACACCUAUUAUCCGGAACAGACCCAAUGCUGUAGUGUCAGGCAAGAUUGAGUACACUGGAAAGGCUAAUGCUCGCUCGGAUCCUUCCGUAGCAGUCGACAGAGGAUCAACAACGGGUAACCAGCAAACUAACCAAAAUCAACAACCACAACCAAACGUUGAACCACAGCCAACAAAGCAAAAGUCGCCUUCUCAUGUGGUCAAUAAUCAGCAUGACUCACGUGCUGGCCCAAGUGCACUGCGCUCAAUCUAUGGAAACGGAGGUAGACCAACCAAUCAAAAUCCGGGCCCAGUCCAAGACGGGCAGAACUGGAAUCAAGCAGCUAACCAGGCCACUAGGCCUGCAGAACAGCCUUCGCUGAACAGAGCAGGAAACCAGAGAUUUGGUGCGGCACCGUUUCCACAAGUUCCAACGACAAGCCAAGGACAAAUCCAUCCUACUUUACGGCAAUCACGGCCGACUGAGCGGCUCAACCCAGCAUCGCCAAACACAGCGGACUCUGGUCGAGGGAAUCCACCACAACGGGUUAUAUCUUUCCCAAACAACUUCGCUGCAAAUAACAACGCAGGGAAUCAAGCAACAGGAAACCCUGGUUUCAACACAGGUGCCACAGGCCGACGGCCAUCCGCGGUGAAUCCACUUCAACCAGUUUUUCCUCAAAUGAAUCCAGAAGUGAAUCCUAAUCAGGCACAGUUGAAUACAAACGGAUAUCCUCAGAAUAACAGAGGUAUGAACACGCCUGGCACUUCCGUUCAGCUCGGCAGUAUACCCAACAGCUUUCCUGCUGGCAUGGAUAUUCAACUCAUCCUCAAUCGUAUUGCAAGUCAGUACGAGCAAGCUCGAAGGAACCAGUUACGUAGCUCUAAUACGAACCCCAUUUCCUUAAAUGAACUUAACCGCGGUGUAGGUGCUCAAAACCCAAACGGCAUACCUGGUAUUAACUUGUUAGGUGAGCGAAAUAAUGCCGGGGGAGGGAACGGUAAUACUCCACAGGGCGGUGUACCAGUUAACCCCAUUGUGAACAACCCAGGUCCAAUUACACGAAGCAGGGAUAACCUACCUCAACCAGGCGGUCAACAAUUUCCUCACUUUUUCCCACAACAGCAAUCCAUUUUACCUGGGAGUCAAAGUGCGUCUGCUCAAGCCAUUCCUCCCGCGUGGACCGCACGUCCUAUUCCACCAAGCCGACAGACGAACUCUCCCAAUAGCCAGAGCGCGACUGGUAUGACGUUCCGACCGAACACCCUCAGAGCGUCUGUACCAGGAGGGGGAUUGCCACCAAACAACCGUAAUGGGCCAAUGUUUGGCCAGUCGUGGCCAGUGGACGCCGCAGGAAACAGAGGUACCGCACAGCAACCAGGCUUCUUUCCUAAUCAACCCGCAAAUAGGAAUGGAAUGCUCCUUCCGGCAUUACCAGCCAAUCCACCUGUGCUAAAUCUUCCGACCACAACUCCAGAGCCCACCGAGGCCCCAGAGAUAGAGCUGGAACCCACGCCUAACCCGACCCCCAUUCCUAGCAUCUGGCAGAGGCUAGGCUUCCGAACGAACUCCCAAGGAGCUUCUGGAUCUGGCCAAACUCAACCCGGUCUUCCUAACGUACCUUUCUGGAACAACAGACAACAAACCCCGGUGCCCAGACUAGACCGAACCGCUCAACCAAGGCCAAACCAAUUCUUUCCUCAGCGGCCUAGAGAUAGGCAACAAACACCGCUCCCAAACUAUCGGCAGGGGUUUCAACCACUGGCGGCUGAAGGACAGACAUCCCUUAGAAACAACGUGGCGCAAAAUCAGCCAUUUCCGCUGAACUCUCUCCAAUUUAGAAACCGUAAUGCUAACGGGACACCAAACCAGGCCGGGCCUUUGGCAAAUUCUGGCGCCAAUUCAUCAAACCAGAAUAAAAUAAAUCGUCAAUCACAGAACCCCUUAGCGGAAAAUUCUUCAAAUCAACCAAAUAACAGCGGAGGCGGUCCUCCACGCAGAGUUCAACCGGCUUGGAGACCUCCAACUGGCGCUGGACAGAAACAAUCAGGCCAGAUCGGCGCUGGACAGAGACAGCCGAACCAGAUCGGCACUAGACAGAGACCGCCAAGCCAAACUGGCUUUGAACAGAGACCCUCAAGCCAAACGGGCGCUGAGCAGAAACCUCCAAACCAAACCGGAGCUGGACAAAGAGUACAGACACAAGUCCCAAAUACUCUAAAUCAACAGAAUGCAAAACCAAAACCACCCGUCCGAUUGACACCAGAGAAUCAAAACAUUCAGCGGGCUUGGGUCCCUCCGUCUCGGAGCAGGGUGCCUCAAAUACAGCCUCCUCUAUUCGGAACCGCCCGUAAUCGGUUAAAUGGCCAACAGACGAACCGUGGAAACACCCCUCCACCCAACCGCGGACAGCAACAACGAGGGAGGUCUUCUGGGGGACAAGGUCACUCAAAUUCCAGUGCUGGUGUGAUCCGUCAGGGACAAACACCGAACGCCAAUCCCAUGUUCCACGGAAUGAAUCCAUCUCUCCUGGCUUUACUCAAUCGGCAGAGAAACUCUCAGAGCGGCGGGACGAAUCCAGCAUUCCCGGGUAUGCCGAAUGGUAUGUCACCACAGAUGGUUGGAAUGGCCCUCCUCAGACGGUAUCAAGACCGUAUCCUUUUGGUGUUUACGUGUACUACAGGGCUUUGGCUUAGCAGUUACAUUAAUAUUUAA